AUGGCCUCCGAGGCGGCAGUCGUCCACACCGGCGGUUGCCACUGCCGGCGCGUGCGGUGGCAGGUCGAGGCCCCCGCGAGCGUGGUGGCGUGGAUCUGCAACUGCUCCAACUGCUCCAUGCGCGGGAACACCCACUUCAUCGUCCCCGCCGCCAAGUUCAAGCUGCAGGCCGGCGCCGACGAGUUCAUCACCAUCUACACCUUCGGCACGCACACGGCCAAGCACACCCUCUGCAAGGUCUGCGGCAUCACCUCCUUCUACACCCCGCGGUCCAACCCGGACGGCGUGGCCGUCACCGUUGCCUGCGUCGACCCCGGCACCGUGAAGCACGUCGAGUACAGGAAGUUCGAUGGGGGGAACUGGGAGAACUUUUUCAGGACCAGCGACAUCGCCGGAUUCUCCAAGGACAAGGCCGAGGCGGCGGAGUAG